AUGCCGCACAGCGUUGCCGAGGGGAGCCUGGCAGGUCCCCUCCCCUGCUCCAAGGGAUGGAGGAGAAGGGGUUGGGAACAGACCCCUCGGGUGGCUGGGGAGGAGCUGGGUCCUAGAGGAGGGCCUGGAGGGUGCCUCUCGCUCCCCCUACCCCUUUCAGAGCCGGCCCAUUUUUCUUGGCCCCAGCCCUUAUUUCUCCGGCCAGGUGUCUUCUUUCCUGUCACUAUUUCCUGCCUUUCUCUGCUGUCCUCCAGCCACAAUCCCAGCUGUCCUGCCUCCCUGGCCCUCAGUCCCCACUGCAGCAGCCCAUCAAGCCUUGGGCACCUGCCUCAGGGUGCAGCAGGUGGUGGGGACCCGGGCAGCGGAAAUACUGCUGAGUCAGAAGGUUCCAAAAGCUGUGCAAGCCCCAGGGAGGAGAGGAGGUGCGGGAGGAGAGGAGGUGCAAGCUCUGCCCAGUGGCUGACAUCAACCCCUCCUGGCGACUACCAGAGCCUUGCUUGGGCCUUGCAAGCUCAGGAAAGUACCGAAAGUCUGGCACAAUCCGCUGCGCCUUCCUGCGUCCGAGGGCCGUGUCCAUGGCUGCCUGGGGUCCGACCAGGGCCCCCUGCUUGCAAGAAAUUUCCAGGCCGUCCCCUUAGAGUCGGUCCCAGUGUGCAGAGGAGGAGCCAAAUGAAACAUGUCUGUGAAAGAACAGGAAGACGUCCGUUAGGAGAACGUGAACGGCAACCACCACGGAAAGCAGCGUGGAGAGUCCUCAGAAAACCCAAAGGGGAAGUUCCGUCCCACCCAGCAGUUCCCCUUCUACGCAUCUCCCUGAAAGAGUUAAGGACGCCAUGCUGCAGUGAUCCAAGCCCGCCUGGGUUUACGGCAGCGCCACUCAUAAGAGCCAAAUCUUGGAAGUGGCCUCUGUGUCCAUCAGCAGAAGAAUGGACAAAGUGUGGCAUUUACACAUGGUGGGACACUACUCUGUCAUGAAGAAGGAGAAACUUGAGUCAGUGGAUGCACCCUGAGACCACAAGAUUAAGUGAAAUAAGUCAGACACGCG